AUGCCUUCUAAAUACUAGUCUAGGGACUACAAAUCCAUAUCGGAAAGCUAUCUUUCCUAUUUAACGAGCAUGACUUUUUCAAACAAAAUAAUAUUAAAUGUUAUUUUAAAAUUACAUUAGCUGCAAUUAAUUCUCUAUUUUAUUAAUCAAUUCUCAUUUGCUAAUUGUAAAACGGAUUAGUAAAUGGAAGAAACUUCAUUAAAAAACUAAUCUGAGAUGCAUGAAUACUUCUAUAUUUAUUAAAAUACCAAGUAUCAUAAUAUGAUCUAAUUAAAAAAAGAAUAUGAGACUUACUUCAACAAUCACCUCAAAAUUUCUUUUUCUCUAUUUUUUAUGCCAGAAACUAAAUUUACAAUUGAAGGAAGUUAUUUACUUGAUAUUUAGUGUUAUCAUGCUUUAAAGAAAUUCUAUCGAAUAACAAAUAAUCAAUAAUUUUUAAAAUUUUGCUUGAAAUGA